CCUCCCCCCUGCUGUCACUUUAUAUGAAAUCGCAAGUGUUUACGUUUGUUAUUUAGCCUGAAGAAACGGGUUCGUGUUUGUAAAGUUGGCAGUUUUUAAAAGCAACCUGAAAACAAAGUCUGAUUAUGAGAGUGCUUUAAUUUUGUUUUUAUGUGUUUAUCGCACAUCGCAUAGAUUAGCCUAGUUUCGAUUUCCUUGGAUUUCGUGGAAACAGAAACCAACAUACACGACAGAGCCAUGGACAGUCGAUUGUACAUGCCAGCAAAAAUACAAGAGGAUCGUUUCAACAAAAUCAAGGAUUUGUUUGCCUCGGAAAGACCUGAAGAAAUUCCCCACCGGCUUAUGUCUCUGUUGGAGGUCUUUGACCGUUUUAAGAUAGACAUCGCUGUGACUGGAGAGUCUGGUGCAGGAAAGUCUUCUCUUAUCAAUGCGAUCCUCAGAUUGAAUCCUGAUGACACAGGGGCUGCUCCAACCGGAGCGGUGGAAACCACAAAGCAAGCAACCAUGUAUCAGAAUCCAAAUCUCCCACACAUCAGACUGUGGGAUCUUCCAGGGAUGGGCACCCCUUCCUUUGCAUCCAAGAGUUAUGUAACGACAAUGAACUUUGACCUGUAUGACAUGUUCAUGGUUGUGAUGUCAGAGAGAGUCAGAGAAAACAACAUGCUGUUGAUUGAUGAAAUAAAGCAACGAAAGAAGCCAUUUUAUUUCAUUAGAACAAAAAUUGAUAAUGAUCUGCGUAGAAAGAAAAGCAAAAUCUCCCAGAUACGUGCACUGGAUCAAAUGAGACAAGACUGUGAGAAAUAUCUGAAAGAGAAGAAACUGGACCCCCAUGUGUUCCUAGUGUCAUCCCAUGAGACAGAAAAGUAUGAGAUGCAGAACCUCAUGGACACUUUUAAGGAUGAUGUUUUUCAACUUAGAGCAGAGUUGUUUUCAGAUUUUCUGGACAAGAUUUUGCAUGGAGGAUGGAUAAAGGCUUGGUAUGCUACCAGUCACAUCCAACAGACUGGGAAACUUGAAACAGAGGACAUCAAAGCAUUGCAGGAUAUGUAUAAGCGCACAGGCUUUGGAGCUGCGAAAGUCAGUGUUGUUCUGGAGGCUUUGAGUCACUUUCAGCUAGAUGUGGCAGUUUUGGGUGAGACAGGCUCUGGAGCGUCCAGUUUGGUAAAUGCCUUAAUUGGGUUGAAGAAUGAAGAGUGUGGUGCGGCUUCAGCGUCCGUCAGCAACCCAGCAAUGAGUCUGGGAUACCCAGAUGUCCGGUUCUGGGACAUAUCUGGUAUAGAGGGGGUCAUGGAUUACUCGAUGUAUGAGAUGAAACAACACCUGAAUUGUUAUGACUUCUAUAUCAUCAUUGUAUCAGACUGGCAGAAAGCACGGCAUUUAAAACUAGCUAAAGCAGUUGAAGAAUUAAGGAAGCAUUACCUCUUGGUCCAGACCAAAAUUGACUGUCAUCUACAGACCCAAAGUGACUUGUGCUGUGAUGAGACUGAGAUACCUGAUGGGCUUCGGGCACAAUAUAGCCAGAAGCUUCAGAUGGCCAAACUGUCUGCUCAGCAGAUGUUUCUCAUCAACAGUCUCGACAGAUGUGCAUUUGACUUUGUAGGUUUGGAAACUGCACUCUCCUGUGACCUCAACACUGUCAGGACAAGUGCUUUUGCAUAUUAUAUCAAAAACAGUAAGGAAACAUAAAUAAAAACAUUUGUAGCUAGAAAUGUAAGAUAUGAUGCAGACUUCUGUUUAAUUUACCAUUAAUUAUUCAAGCUUAUUAUAGCAUAACUGCUGUUUUCAACUGGUGUGCAAUAUAAUAUAUUAAUAAAAUUAACAAAUAAUCUUUAAUUGUUUAUUAUACUGUAUAAUUCUGUAUUUUUUGUCUGUGACAGAUCUCUUAUAUAAAUACAUAAAGAAAACGUUAGCAAGGCACCACGUUUUGCUAAGAUUGCUUUGUCCUAAUUAUUGCAAAAGAAUAGAAGAUACACAGUUGGGAAACAGAAAAUUAUUUGUAGAAUUUGUUCUGCAGUAAAAAACGUGAGCUGUUGAUCUCAAUAUACUGUUGUAAUAUAUGUUUGUAUUAAUUGCAAUAAGUGCAGUUUUCACAGUUAGGACUAUUUCUUGUUUAUUAAAAUGUUUAUGAAAAAUA